UUAGACGUUAGUUUUAGGCCGCAGCGGUUUUCCCGCCGCGUCAUCGGAUACUGGAAGUUUCGGUCAAGUUCGCCAAAACUCCCUCUAAUCCUUUCCCUCCCUUUUAACCUGCUGCGUUUCCGGAGCAAUUGACCGGAAAAAAAAUGGCGUCGGCGGCAAAGGUGUGCGGUGGCUCCGCCGUGUCGCACCGUCGCUCUCUCAACACGUUCCCGAGCCGUGUAUCUUUCCAAAGCGUCGAACCCCCACGAGUCCGGUUCGUACCGAUGGCUGUCGUGAAGAGAAACCCUAAGCGUCUCAAAUACUCUGCUCCUCGCUUUACCAAGGAGGAUGGAUUGGUUUAUGUCAAGGUUGAUCCAUCUGGGGAAGAUAGUUGGAAAUUGGAUCCAGUUGUCGAACUUCUGAAAGAGGGAGCUGUUGGAGUCAUCCCUACUGAUACCGUGUAUGCAAUAGCAUGUGAUAUGAAUAGUCACUCAGCAAUUGAGCGCCUACGAAGAAUUAAAAAUAUUGAAGCUUUGAAGGCAAGAACUUUGGUUCUCUUUGGUCUCUUACCUUUGAUGUUCUUACAGAGUCUUGGCUGGCAUUGAACUAACCGCUGGACAGGACAUGUUAAACACUUGUUGCCUCCACUUGAUUUGAUGGUGCAUGCCAAAAUGUGUCUUACUAUUGGUUGUAAUACCUUUGCUUACAUAAUUGCAAUACUAGAGGUUUAUAUGCUUGCUGAUGUCUUUCUGUUACUUGUGCAGCCCCUUAGUAUAUUGUGCCGUUCCUUCCGGGACAUAGAUACAUACACAACGGGAUUCCCUUGCGGUAAUAAUCAAGGUGGUACAGACAUAUUUCGAGCCGUGAAGCAUUGCUUACCUGGGCCUUAUACCUUCAUCUUAACUGCAAGUAAAGAAUUACCAAAGCAGUGCAGAAGAUAUGGCGCUACAGCAUCCAAAUUCGCACACCGGAAAAAUGUAGGUGUUCGCAUUCCUGAUGAUGCUGUAUGUCUAGCCAUUCUAGAGAAGAUGGAUGCACCAUUAAUAUCAACAAGUGUCAGGUCCCCAGAGGAAAAUGGGUGGAUAAUUGAUCCAGUUGUAAUAGCUGAUGUGUAUGGACCAGAGGGUCUUGAUUUUGUUGUCGAUGCUGGUGUUAGAGUGGCUGAUCCAUCGACAGUAGUUGAUAUGACUGGAAGUUUCCCAAGAAUUAUUCGGCAAGGGAAGGGGCCUAAACAACCAUGGAUGGUAGAAGACGAUGAUAAAGAUGCUGAUGCAAAUAAAGUGUAGCUCAUUCCCUUUUUCAGAGCUUAAGUUUUGUCGAUAGAGUUGAUGGUCUGAGUGGUGGUUUUGUAUGUUCAGAGUAUAUAGUUCAGCAUUAUUCAGUUCAAAUGCACCAUUGUAAAUCAACUACAGCGAAUCAAUUAGUGCAUUCCAUGCCAUCCACUUAAAUAUCACGUCAAGUCUAAUCA